AUGCACACAGUGAAAUACAUUUUGGUAACUGGUGGUGUUAUUAGCGGGAUUGGCAAAGGAAUUAUCUCCAGCAGCGUUGGGACUAUUUUGAAAGCUUAUGGAUGGAACGUUACCUGCAUAAAGAUUGAUCCCUACUUAAAUAUUGAUGCUGGUACUUUUUCACCGUAUGAACAUGGGGAGGUCUAUGUCUUGGAUGACGGUAGUGAAGUUGAUCUCGACCUGGGAAACUAUGAGAGAUUUUUAAACAUAACACUGACCAAAGAUAAUAACAUUACUACUGGAAAAAUUUAUCAGAAAGUGAUCGAAAAAGAACGUCGGGGUGAUUAUCUUGGAAAAACAGUUCAGGUUGUACCUCAUAUAACGGAUGCCAUCAUAGAAUGGGUCACGAAUGUUGCUCAAAUUCCAGUUGAUGAAAGUGGUUCAACCCCAGAGGAAGUGUUAACUUCUGUUGCGUGCACGUUAGCCUCGUACCGCAGCUCGCAUCUGUCGGAGAACCUAAGACCAAACCUACCCAACGUACGUGAACUUCGUGCUUGGGGUUUACAUCCAGAUCUUCUAAUGUGUCGGUGCAGUUCACCACUUCCAUCAAGUGUUAUCAAUAAGAUUAGUUUAUUCAGUCAAGUCUCAGUUGAACGUGUCAUUCUUGCUGUAGACGUCAGUGAUCUAUACGAAGUUCCUAUCCGAUUGAAUGAACAAAAUUUAUGCUCUAUUUUAUUGGAACAUUUUCAAUUGAAACCUAAACAACAUAUUGAAUAUCCUAUUCUUGGAAAAUGGAAAGCAUUAACUCGUCAAUUAGAAUUGGCCUCUGAAACAGUUCAUGUAGCUAUUGUUGGAAAAUAUGCUAAACUUAACGAUGCUUACCUAUCUUUAUUAAAGGCUCUUCGUCAUGCAGCGAUUUAUACAAACCGAAAACUGGAUACCUCACUUGUAUGCGCUGAAGAUCUGGAAGAUAGCACUCGUGUCUCUAGUCCAGAUGCAUUUCACCAAGCUUGGUUAACAGUGAGUAAUUCAGAUGCUGUUGUUGUCCCUGGUGGUUUUGGCCAACGUGGUGUUGAUGGAAAGUUGGCUGCUAUACGUUUUUGUCGAGAAAGAGGUGUACCGUUUCUUGGACUUUGUUUGGGUCUUCAAUGUGCUGUUAUUGAAUUCGCUAGAAAUGUUCUUGGCUGGGAAGAUGCUAAUUCAACUGAAUUCGAUCCAAACACUACUCACCCAGUUGUUAUUGAUAUGCCUGAACACAAUCCUGGAAAUAUGGGUGGAACAAUGCGACUUGGACGACGUCGUACACUAAUGUAUUUGUCAGACAUAUCUAAAUCAUAUUUAGAACGUACAUACAAGAGUAGUCAUCGUGAAUUAUCAACACCCGUUUUACCCGAAUCUGGAGCAGGAGAUACAUGCACCACAUCUGAAACAUUAUGUUCAGAUAGUGUCAUGCAUCGAUUAAUUAAUGCGCCUUAUUUUGAUGCUCGUCACAGACAUCGAUAUGAAGUAAAUCCGAAAUAUGUGAGUGAAUUAGAAGACGCAGGUCUUAUUGUUGUUGGCCGAGAUGCAGAAAAAGGCAAUCGUAUGGAAAUUAUUGAACUAUUACGACCUUUACCUCAAUCUGAGGAUAGUUCAUCCUCAGGAAAUAAAUGUCCAACUCGACAUCCUUUCUUCGUUGCUACACAGUUUCAUCCUGAAUAUACAAGUCGUCCGACUCGCCCAUCAAUUUUCUUUGUUGGACUUAUGUUAGCUGCAUCCAAUCGGUUAGAUUCCUAUGUACACAAUCCAUUCCGUCUCAGUCCUACUCACUUUGUUGUUCAUGAAAAAGACAGGACUGAUUCUAUGGAUUUAUUAAGAAUAAAUGUACCCCAAAAACAUACAGAUACAGUUAGUCUUUGUAAUGGUGGUAUUAUCCAAAUGUAUGAUAACGAUACCAUGCAUAAAAGUGGUGCCAUAAAGCCAAUUAACAAAGAUGUAUGAAUAGAAUUGAGAUCAACUGGUCGUGAAAGAUGGGUUCCUUGAAUAGAAGACUAAUUCGUGAAUAGAACAAAUAUACUUUCAAUAUUUUUUUAAACUCAAUGGUACAUAUGUAUACAUUGUAUAAAUUACAGGUUGUUGUUAUCUAGUCAUAAAAUAAAUACAUUUCGUACUCAUA